AUGGCUGAGCGUCUCCAAAAGUUGCUGAACUCAGUAUCCUGGCUUUUCACUUUCUUCGCCGUUGAAAAACGACACGAAUCCAUUAGCGACAAUGCUCUCAAUUAUGCGCCCAUAGCUCAAAGUCAAACCGAUCCCGAAGUGGAACUAGAGGCGAACAGAGGCAUGUUUCCACCCUCAACGAACAUAACCAAAAACCGCAGUUCUGGAAAUGGAAAGUUCACACUCGAGAAUGGAAAGCACGACCACUUCCACGAACCGCCCACGUCAAAAGAGCGGCACGUUGGAAAGAAUAAAAAGGCAAUAAAUGCAAGCUGGUUAUCUUCUAAAAUAAAAUUUACAACGUCUGGAAGAGCUUGCUCACGACCGCUGGUGGAGUUGGAAUGGGAGAGAUGGAUCAAGAGUCUUUCUCAAACCGGAGCCACUGCAGGUAAAAACAUGGCACUCGUGUCUCAGAAGUAUGGCGAAUGCUGCGAUGUGAUCGGUCACGGCUCCUCUGGAGUUAUCCUACUGUCGCACAAGGUCCAAGAAUGGCACCCGAACAUUGAUUCCUUUUACGCAAUCAAGGUCUUCCGCCGCGGGACGGACACCUGCGAAUCGGCUUAUAAGAGGCGUAUUGAUGCAGAGUUUUCCAUAUCUUCUUCAUUGAGGCACCAAAAUGUGGUUCGGACAUUCGAUCUAUUCCAAAUUGGCAGUGGCAGCCUUUGUGAGUGCUUGGAGUAUUGCUCUGGUGGGGAUCUACAUUCAUUGGUGGUCAUGAGAGGCCAGCUGGAGCAGAAUGAGGCCGACUGCUUCUUCAAACAGCUUAUGCGUGGUGUCAACUACCUGCACGAAAUGGGAAUCGCUCAUCGCGACUUGAAACCAGAAAACCUUCUUCUCACAUCAAAUGGUUGCAUCAAAAUAUCGGAUUUCGGGACGGCAGAAUGUUUCCGUCUUGCUUGGGAGAGUGAUAUACACAUGUCAAGAACACGUCGCGGUUCACGCCCUUACGUAUCACCGGAGCAGUAUCUCAGCAAGGAAUUUGAUCCAAGAUCAGUCGACAUCUGGGCUGCGGCUAUGACCUACGUUGCGAUGAGAACUGGCAGGAUCCUGUGGAAGAUAGCGACUGAUGUCGACGAGAAUUUCAGAGACUACGUCGCGGACCGCAGGAUUGGGAGAGGUUACUUCCUUAUUGAGGAUAUAUGCCAUGUUAAGUACCUGGCCUCCUGA